UUUUUCUUCCUCCAUCGCCUCCAAAGCACUUCCAAACUUCAAACUUGCCCAAAAAGUAGUAGUAAAGGAAGAAGCACCAGAAAUCUGUUACGAUGCUGUACAUUAUAUUCUUUUGCUGAUAUGUGAAAAAUCCCAAAACACCCACCAUAAAAAGGAGAAAAGAACAGAACUUUGAGCGAAUUCAAUCGAAAGAUGAUUCCCACAAAGCCUUUGCAACGCAGCCACAGUGCCAUGGUACACCAAGUAUUAUCAAUAAUGCUCCAAAACCGACCCUUUGAUUCCCAACUCGCUUCCUCAACAACCUCAAAUCCAUGGACUACAGAUUCAGUUUCGGACAUCUUAAGAUCCGUUUCAAAAUUCUUCUUCCAAUCCCCUCGUUCCAUUGGCUGCCAGAAAGGUUUCCGGCACCGUGCUCCUUUAAAACAAAGAAACAUCAAGCAAGAAAAUUUUAAGAAUUCCCACAAUGUUCUUGUCCUUGGCCCUGCUGCUUAUAGAGACCCCAAAAGGGUAGCUUUAGGAUUAGAUAAAGCAAUGGAAUUCUAUAUCUGGGUAGAAAAUUUUUUUGGGUUUGCCCAUGAUGAGAAAACUUGUAAAGAAAUGGCCUUUGUUUUGGCUAAAGGUAAUGACUUGAAGGGCCUUUGGCAUUUUCUCAAAGAAAUGUCCAGGAGAGAAACUUCGGGGCUUGUUACUACUUCUACUGUCUCCUGUUUGAUUAAAGUUCUAGGAGAAGAAGGGUUAGUUACUGAAGCAUUGGCUUGUUUUUAUAGAAUGAAGCAGUUCCGUUGCAAACCUGAUGUUUUUGCAUAUAAUAUGAUUAUUCAUGCUCUUUGUAGAGUUGGGAAUUUUAACAAAGCAAGGUUCUUGUUGGAACAGAUGGAGUUACCAGGGUUUAUUUGUCCACCAGAUGUGUAUACUUAUACGAUUUUGAUAAGUUCUUAUUGUAAAUUUAGUGUGCAAACUGGAUGUAGAAAGGCGAUUAGGAGGAGGCUUUAUGAGGCGAAUCACUUGUUUCGGCUAAUGUUGUUCAAGGGUUUUGUUCCUGAUGUUGUGACUUAUAAUUGUUUGAUUGAUGGUUGCUGUAAGACGUAUCGAAUUGAAAGGGCUUUGGAACUUUAUGAUGAUAUGAAUAAACGGGAUUGUGUUCCUAACCGGAUCACUUAUAAUUCUUUUAUUAGGUACUACUGUGCUGUUAAUGAGAUUGAUAAGGGUAUUGAGAUGAUGCGCAGGAUGCAACAGAUGAAUCAUGGGGUAGCAACUAAUAGUUCUUAUACUCCCAUUAUACAUGCUCUGUGUGAAGCGGGAAGGGUGUUGGAGGCUAAGGAUAUUCUUCUUGAGUUGGUCAGAGGGGCAUCUAUUCCCAGAGAGUAUACAUAUAAGUUAGUUUGUGAUACACUGAAUUCAGUAGGAGCGGCCAAUUUGAUAGAUAAUGAGGUGCAUAAAAGAAUAAAAGAUGGUAUAGCGAGCAGAUGUAGGCAAGUGAUGAAGGAUCAUUACUUCAAUUCCUUCAUUAAAGGUUGUCAUUUUCAAUUUUUAAUGCACAAAGAAUCUGCUUCCUCUGUUCUGUCAAAAUUUCUAGUGUUAGAAUGGUUUGGUUGGCUUCAUUAAGAAAAGAAACUAAGAGAGAAUUGUUCAGGAAGAGAGAUGGACACAGUUUACAUAUGUGUUAUCUCCUUUAUUUCUGUCCUUGUGACAUUAUUUUUUCUGCUCAUUUGCUUCUUCGAAUGCAUUAUCAAGAAAAGCAAAGGUGUGGGUGUCAACCCUGAAGGCCACAGGACUGGUGGAGGACUUGGAGGUGGUGCUAAUCCAGGCGUCACCAUUACUGCAGUAGGUGAUAGCGGCAUGACUACUGGUUGUGCAUGUGGGACUGGCAGCGGCAGUGGCAUGGGUGGCUGUGGCGGCGGCGGUGGUGUUUGCUAAACUGGGCUUUGAUAAUAUGCUAGCGGGUCCUGGAAGAGGAGGAAAAAUAGUAAAUAGAAGUGCCGAAAUGGGAAUAGAAAGGUCUUAUGGUUUCUUUCUUUCUUUCUUAUUUCCCCCCUAAAUCAUGUAGCAUUUUGAUAGUAUGGAUUUUAAAUUUCAAAGGGAAUUAAGUUAUAAUUCUGCUUUCUUGAUGAUAGCAGGUUUCACUGUUUUGCCCCUCACCAAUUUCGUACUCUGCAAUAAAU